CUUAGUUCACGCAAACAAGGUUCCAAAUGGAGAAUUUACUUUUAACAGCAUUUUUAGCUUGUCUUUUCUUUUUAUUUGGAAUAAUUGUUCUGACUAUAGUUUUAGCAGCAGCAGGACAGUCACUUGGGAUCCGAAGAAAGUACAUUCAGAUACUACUGAAAGUGUUUGAGUUUGGGAGAAGAAGAAUUAACAGUUAUGCAGCAUCAGAGAGGGACAAACACAAACAGAAGUAUGAGGAAGAGGGAGGGUCAGGUGAUGAGGGCUUACCAGAAAUGGAUAAUCUUUCUGACACUUCUCAAGAAUCAGAAAAUCGAGUUUUUACAGACUCGGAUCAAGUGAUCUAUCGUGAUAUUUCAAUUUCGGCUCUAGAGGGUAUCAAGAUUCCAUCACAGCGUCCAGACUACGACCUCACAUUUAAAAAAGAUUUCCAUGUUUCUGACAUGAUGUACUUCAUGAAAUGUGGAGUAGAGGCUAUCAUUCAGGAUGAUGUUACUCACAGAUUUACAGCUGAAGAUUUAAAGAGCUGGAAUUUACUGACUAGAACAGAUAAAGGUUACCAGUUUAUAAGUGUACGUCUCACAAUUCUAUGGUGGAUUGGCUGCUUAAUUCGUUACGGCAUUCUUUUACCAUUUAGAUUUACCCUGUGUAUUGCAGGCCUGUUGUGGUUAAUAACAUCUACAUUUUUGAUUGGUUAUUUCCCAGAUGGAAAACACAAAAGAUUGUUAAACAGAGUCUCAAGCCUAAUGGCACAUAGAAUAUUAUGCCGUGCUAUGUCUGCUGUUGUAACGUUUAAUUAUUUAGAGCACCGUCCACAGAAUGGUAUUUGUGUAGCUAACCACACGUCACCUUUAGAUGUCGUCAUACUUAGUAGUGAUAACUGCUAUGCAAUGGUUGGUCAGUCACAUUCAGGAUUCCUAGGUGUCAUGCAGAGGGCUUUGUCAAGAGCUACAUCACACAUCUGGUUUGAGAGAUCAGAAAUAAAAGACAGACUAGUUGUCUCUAAAAGAAUGCAAGAGCAUGUUGAAGAUGAAAAUAAACUGCCAAUUUUGAUAUUUCCAGAAGGGACAUGUAUCAACAAUACCUCAGUAAUGAUGUUUAAAAAAGGAGGUUUUGAAGUAACGCCAGUAGUUUAUCCAGUAGCUGUUAAAUAUGACCGUAGAUUUGGUGAUGCAUUCUGGAACAGUAGCAAAGAUAGUAUGGUAUAUCAUAUAUUUCGCAUCAUGACCAGCUGGGCUUUAGUGGUGGAUAUCUGGUAUCUUCCACCAAUGAAGAGACAGGAUGGUGAAGAUUCAGUGAGUUUUGCAAGUAGAGUAAAAGCUGAAAUUGCAAGACAAGGUGGUCUGGUUGAUCUUGAAUGGGAUGGACAGUUAAAAAGAAUGAAAGUCAAGGAAACAUGGAAAAGUUCUUCACAACGUGAUUACAGCAAACUUCUGAAAGUGGACUAAAAUUUACAGACUUGAUCUCAUGUGCAUUUUUAUGCCCCCGAAGGGAGGCAUAUAGUUUUUGAACCGUCUGUCGGUCUGUCGUUCUGUCAGUCUGUCGGUCUGUCGGUCUGUCCGCAAUUUUCGUGUCCGGUCCAUAUCUUUGUCAUCGAUGGAUGGAUUUUCAAAUAACUUGGCAUGAAUGUGUACCACAGUAAGACGACGUGCAGUGCGCAAGACCCAGGUCCGUAGCUCAAAGGUCAAGGUCACACUUAGACGUUAAAGGAUAGUGCAUUGAUGGGCGUGUCCGGUCCAUAUCUUUGUCAUCGAUGGAUAGAUUUUCAAAUAACUUGGCAUGAAUGUGUACCACAGUAAGACGACAUGCAGUGCGCAAGACCCAGGUCCGUAGCUCAAAGGUCAAGGUCACACUUAGACGUUAAAGGAUAGUGCAUUGAUGGGCGUGUCCGGUCCAUAUCUUUGUCAUCGAUGGAUGGAUUUUCAAAUAACUUGGCAUAAAUGUGUACCACAGUAAGACGACGUGUCAUGCGCAAGACCCAGGUUCGUAGCUCAAAGGUCAAGGUCACACUUAGAUGUUAAAGGAUAGUGCAUUGAUGGACGUGUCCGGUCCGUAUCUUUGUCAUCGAUGGAUGGAUUUUCAAAUAACUUGGCAUGAAUGUGUACCACAGUAAGAUGACGUGUCACAUGCAAGACCCAGGUCCGUAGCUCAAAGGUCAAGGUCACACUUAGACAUUAAAGAUCAUUUUUCAUGAUAGUGCAUUGAUGGGCAUGUCCGGUCCAUAUCUUUGUCAUUCAUGCAUGGAUUUUAAAAUAACUAUGCAUGAAUGUGUGACACAGUAAGAUGAUGUGUCGCGUGCAAGACCCAGCUCCAUAGGUCAAAGGUCCUAAACUCUAACAUCGGCCAUAACUAUUCAUUCAAAGUGCCAUCGGGGGCAUGUGUCAUCCUACGGAGACAGCUCUUGUUUUUCUGUGAUUUUUUAAUUUCAAGUGCAAAUAAAAAAGAUGGUGCAGGACCUAAGAAUAUGUUACCUAAAUGUUAGUUUUUGUUGGUUGUCUUAGAUAAAAAAUGAUAGUAACAAUUUUUUGUUAUGUAUUUUAGAAUAGUUUUUGUCUGUAUACAUAUUUGAAAAUAAUGCUUCUUGUGAAGAGCAGACGGGAAGGUAGAUGCUUGGUUUUUACAAGUCCAGGUCUAUAUGAAACUACAUCAAAAAUGUGUUCAUUAAUUUAUACAAUUAAUAUCACAUAAUACUAUUUAAAAGGGGCAUUAUUCCCAUUAUGUUGAUUAGUGUUCUGGUGAUAAACAUUUGAGCCGUGCCAUGAGAAAACCAACGUAGCGGGUUUGUGACCAGCAUGGAUCCAGACCAGCCUGCGCAUCCGCGCAUUCUGGUCAGGAUCCAUGCUGUUCGCUUUUAAAGCCUACUGCAAUUAGAGAAACCAUUAGCGAACAGCAUGGAUUAUGACCAGACUGCGCGGAUGCGCAGGCUGGUCUGGAUCCAUGCUGGUCGCAAAGCCACUAUGUUUAUUUUCCCAUGGCACGGCUCAUUUAUGUCUCAGUUUUCGCUCAAGAGUUACAGGGAUUUUGUAUCUGGGUAAUACAGUUUGAAAUGGGUAUCAUUUUUGUGUGGUCUGUUCUGAACAGAGGUCAGCACGAUGUGAAAUAUAGAACCCAACUGUACGAUUUAGCGCCAGCAUGUACAUACCAAUAGAGACCGAAAUUCAAAUACUCUGUUACAUGGGUUACCUGAAAAUAUUAGUGAAAUGUGGCAAAGUUAGACUGGGGAGUAGAACUUGUGCCACAUUUCAAUAAUGUUUUCAGGUUGUUUGCAUUACAGGUUAAAGGUAUCAGCCGAGCAGCAGAGUUUUAUAACAGGACAAUUUAACCAGCAAAAAUCCUUUUUGUGAAAAGUGUGGCCUCGUUGAUUUCAAAAUUUAAUCUGAUUCAUAAGAAAUACAUGUAUCUAUAAAUAGUUUCUUCAGGUAAAUGUCUAGAUAAGUGGAGUAAGUGUUUAUCAAUCCGUUAUUUUAUUUUCUCAGUUGUUGGUUAAAUAAAGGAAAUCACAGAUUGACAGAAAGGAAGGGUAUAAAUAUUCACCAAAAAAAGGAAACAAAUCAUUGGGUUUUCUAUGGACUAUUUCAAAUGUCUGAUUGAUUAGAAUGCUUGUUGUCAGACUGUACUUUUCAUUUGACUGUGUUUGAUUAGAGAAGUAUCUACUAAAUUGCUGUAUGCGUAUAAAAAAAAUUAUUAUUGUUAGAUAUAUUUAGGUUAUUUUAUGUGGUCUGUUUGGCCUGUUUUAUGUCCAAAGAUUCUCCAAUCUUCACUGAAAAGUUACACACCUUCAAAAUCAUUGCACUGUGAAACAAAUGGAUUAAAAUAUGUAUAUGUAACAUCUUUUAACAUAAACAUAUCGGUCACAGUUUAAGAAUUUGAUGACAUUUGUAUGUAAAGUCUGUCAGUAUGUUGUUUUAUAAAAACUUGGUUUAGUCAUAUUUACCAAAAAUGCAGAAGCAAUUUAUCUACUGUUCUAAUGUUUCAGUUUUUAAUCAACAUGGAACAUGUGCCCAUCUGGUCAGGAAAUACAUGUAUAACAUUCCUGAAAGCUGUUAGUAUUAGAUGUGUAGAGGUAAUGAUACAUUUUGUAUUUUAAAAACAAAGGUCAAAUAAGUGUUCAUCUUACUCAAACAUGCUCGUUAUUGUGAAACACAUUUCAUAUAAUAUUAAGGCUUAAUUAGCUGCAACCCAUUUCUAACUUUGUAAACAGCUGCAGAUAAAGUAUGGGUCAUGUGAAUUCCUUGACUGAAUAGGCAGGCCCCUUGUAGUGUUGGCAAUAAGCAUGUUACAAUAACUGAUAAUUAACAAUUCAUGUUGACCAUGAAUAUAUAAGUGAUGAUAAAACCAUUGGUGAUCUUCCAGUCUGCAAUGUCUAGACUAUAAAUAAGAAAGGAAUUGCUGUUUUGUACUGUUCAUUUGUGUGUUUUAUAUGUGGGUGUGUUAAAAAUGUAAGGAGGCCAAAAGCCUACAGAUAUACUUUAAACAAAGUUAAAUUGAAUGUAUUUCAUACCAAAGUUGAUAUCACUCCCAUUGCAAUUCAUUCAUCUUUGAGUCAGUAUAAUCAGUAGAAAUCGUACACUAUUACUGUACAUAGUUUCAUUAAAGGAAAUGCAUUUUGACUGAAAAUAAUACAGAUUUGUGUAUAUAUACAAAUUGUGUAGAAAGCUUGCAUUUUAGCCAGACUAUUUGAAGAAUAGGUAGAGCUAUUAGACUCACCUGUGCACUGGCGUCAACAUCUGCAUCCAGAUUGGGUUAAGUCUUUGUAUGUAAGCUAGUAUCUCAGUAAACACUUCAGGGAAUGGAUUGAAACUUCACACACUUAUUCACUGUGAUAGACUGACUUAUACUUGCACAGGUCAGGUUCAGUAACUCUAUUUUGCUUUUUUACAAAGUUAUGCCCCUUUUUUUGACUUAGCAAUUACUGUGAAAUCAUUUAAUUUUGUGGGCAUGAAAUUUCGUGGUUUGGUCAGAACAGCAGUUUCAAGGGGAUAUAAAUUCUUGGAUUUCAACUUUUGAACAUAAAAUGAAUGGGAAUUUUUCUUCUUCAUUGGGAUUAAAUUUCAUGGAUUGACUCAACCGUGAAAUCCACGAAAAUUAGUCCCCCACGAAUAUUAAUGAUUCCAAAGUAUAUUGGUUAAGUAUUUGUAUGUAAGCUGGCAUCUUAGUACCCACUAAUGGGAAUGGAUUGAAACCUUGUACACUUGUCCACUGUGAUGACCUGACAUACAUUGUACAGUUUCCAUAACUCUGAUUUGCAGAAUGCCCCUUGAAAGACUUUUAUAUUCAUUCAGUUGAAGAGGCUGUUGAAUAGCCAAGCAUUGCUAUCCUCCAACAGUUCUUGUUGAAACACAUUGUUUAACAUUUCGAUAUUUUUGGUUUUAUCAGUUGAAGACAUUUUAAAAAAAACUUUAAGGUUAUACAAAAUUCCAAAUUAAACUAGAUCAAAAAGUCCUAAAUAUUGGGACACAGAUUUAAGCUUCAGUCCAGCUAUGCUGUAGAUUAUAUCUGCAAUAUAUUGAUUGCUGCUGAUGAUUAUCUCAUUCUUCACUGAACACUGUAUAGUGGGUCAUAUUUGUAGUGGUAGUUGGGUUUUAGGUCUCCUGGAAUCAAAAACAAGGGCACUGGGAAAAACAAUUCUUGAUACUCUAGUGGUGGCCUUUUCUACCUGAUCUGUAUGACACUUGGUCAGAUUGUUAGUCUGUAUGAUGUCAUGGUCAGGUUACAGUUAGGUCAUCUGGGUUGAAAAUAUAGGUCAGUAUCUAAAUAUCUCUCUACAUGCCACCUUUUCUACAUGUUUUGCUUGAAAUCUUGCCAGAAUGUUUGUCCCUUUAAAGUUAAUGAGUUACUAAACUGGGUCACCUAGGCCUGAAAUCUAUGUCACUAGGUCAAAUCUUGGAAAAAAAAAUAAACAUUUACACUCUGGAAAUCACUUUUGGUCUGGAUCUUUAUGAAACUUUUCAUGUACAUUUAGUUUCAUACUCGACACAAUUUUGACAUUUUAUUAUACAAAGUAUACAUAAGCUCAAAUAGUUAAGGUCAAGUGAGCCUCUUAGACCCAUCAUGACCCUCUUGUACCUGUAUUUGUGAAAUGUUAAAUACAAAUUGACAAUUGUCAUUUGUAUUAACCAGAAUCUUGUGACCAAGUUACAUGCAAUGCAGUAAGGCUUUGAACUUUGUAAACAGUGAAAAAAAAAUACUCGGGCUGCCAUUGGUAAGAUAAUCAUUUUCUUAAAUUUCAUUGUACUCCAUUAUUUAGACAAGCACCCCUUAAGAUUGAUAUACAUAAGCAUUUCACAAAAUCACCAAUAGUAUACUAGUCAUUAACUAUCGUGCAUUAAAAUUUAGUCGUUUGGGUUAAACCUCGUCUUAUAAUCAUGUAUAUGUAUAAUUUUGUUACGUAUAUGUAUAUUGUUUAAUAAAUGCCAUGUUCAGAUGUAUAUUCACAUUUAAUUUUAUUUUUGCAUGAAUUGUUUUUGUUAAUGAUGAUAGGCAAAAAUAAAGAAGGGAAAAGUCA